AUGAAAAAAAAUUAUUAGAAUCCUAUUUCUUAAAGCUUUGAUAAAGAAAAUUCAAGGCUGAAUUUCCUUAAUGAAUCAAAUAAUGAUCAUCAAUCAAUUUUAUACAAUUAAAUUAAUUAAUCUUACACCUUUCAAAAUAACAUUAAUAAAUUAAGAGGAGGAGGAAAUUGGGGGAUUAAGCUACAAAUUUAAUUGAAUCCCCAAAUUUAAUAGAAUAGUAAUCUAAAUGAUAUUUUUGAUGAAUAAGAUAUUUUCUAAUAUUUAAAAUAUCACACUAUUCUUCUUCAAAGAAUAUUGGGAAAUUAAAUAAACUAAAAUGAGAGGGAUUAAUUAGAAAAAGUGGUCUAAUGGUUAAAUUCGAAAGGAAUUAUUAAUUAGUUAUCUAAUUAAUGUAGGCUAGAUGAAAGAAAAAUUGCUAUAAUUAUGGAAUCUAUUGACAUUUUAUUAUCAUGUGUAAUAAAUACACCUAUACAGCUAUCUUAUAAUUUGCUAUAAUUUACUCAAAAUCUAUUUGAAAUUCUUUACUAUCAAGAUAAGGUUAUUAAAAGUAAUAUAAUUAAAAAUUUGCACAUUUUUUCAGAUAAAUUAUAAUUAAUUAAUUAAAAAUAUCAUUAAUAAAAAGGUUUAGAAAUACUUUUUAAUUACUAAUUUUGUUUGAUAAAAGAUGUCGUUGAUCAUAUAUAAGAUAGAAAUGCAUACAACUUAUAGAAAUGUAUUUUCGAAUAAAAUAAAUAUCAACAGUAAAAUGAUGGAAAUAAUACUUUACUUUAAGAUGCAAAAAAAUUUCUAUAAAGUGAUAACCCUAGAUAAUUAGAUAUAUUUUACUUUUUUUAAUAAUCAAAAUUAACAAUAAUUAGAAAACUGUUAAAUUCAUAAUAGAUUAUAGAAAUCUAAUAAAUUAUUAAUUAUUUAUGCAAAGUCUAUCAAUUAUGUAUUCAAAAUAAUUAAAAUUGGAGAGUACACUUAGGGUUUCUUUAAAUGCUUCUUGAGUUAAUUUCAUAAAAAAAUAGUUUUUUAGAAGAUUUGCAAAAAGUUGAAGGGGCUGAUAUCACAAACAUAAUGUUAAAUGAACUAUAAAAUCAAUUGAUAGAAUUUUAGAUUGAAGAUAAUAUUAAUAUAUGGGAACAUUAUAUUAAGUCAAAAUGGGACUCCACGAUUAAAUGUUAUUUAGCAUUUAGUUUUAUGACAAUUAAAAAAAGUUAAAUAGCAAAAAAUGUAGAAUCAGCAUGCCAAAAAUUUAUUGAUCUAUUUUUUAAUAGUGAUUAAGAUGAAAAUACAAUAAGUGUCUUAAAAAAUGAACAACUUAAUGUUAUUGAAGAAGCUUUUGAACAAAACCUAGAAUAAAAUUAAUAAACUUAUCUAUAUAAAAUAUAUGGAAAUACACAAAUAGAAAAAUUAUAAGAGGAUUUUAUUAAUAUUGAUUUAAAAGUCUAAUGUAGCAUAAAUAAUGAUGAUGUAAAAAAACAAUAACAAUCAAAUAAGUCCAGCUAUUUAUUUAGGGAAGAUGUAGAAUAAUGUGUUAAAUAAGAAUAGAUAUAUAUAGUUAAUGAUUUUCUUUGGACUGAAAACAAUAAUACUGAUGUUCUAUGGAUAAAAGGCAUAGCAGGAUCAGGUAAGAGUUAUUUUUUAAAGCGAUUAUAAUUAUUUUUAUUGAAACACUAUUAUUCACAUUCAAAAUAAAAAAAAUGGAUUCCAUUUCUCAUUUCAUUAGAUGCUUUAAAAAAGUUGAAUAAUAAUAAUAUUUGGAAUUUAAUAUUAAAUGCGGAUGAUAUGGAAUUUAGAAAUGAAUUUAUUGGAAUUCUUAGUGAUGACUUAGAGAAUGGAUUAGUAAAUAUUGUUCUACUAUUUGAUGGGUUAGAUGAAAUGAAACAUUAAAUUUAAGAAGUAAACUUAGAUAUCAGUUUAUUCUAAAAAAAAUUAGGUAAAAAUGUAAAAAUAAUUAUUACAUCAAGAAGAGAAGUUUAAAUUGAAAAGUAAUUUAUAGGUUUAUAAUUUUUAAAUUUGACUGAAGUUGAAAUACUAAAUUUAGAUGAUAAUUAAAUUAAUGAAUAUCUUAAAUAAUACUGCAUAGAAAAUACUAGAUAAUAUUUAUAUAAUAUCUAUAAAGAUUUUGUAGAUUAAGAAAAAAACUCUAAAAUUUCUAGAAUAAUGUUUAAUGAAUAUUGGCAAGCAUACUUUUUUGAAGAAGUUAAAACUCUUGUAAAAUAAACUAAUAAUGAUAAUUAUGAAAUUAUUUUCGCUGAUUCUCUUAUCAAUAAUUUUCUUAGCAAAUAAUAAAAAAUAUUUCAAAAUAAAAAUACUCCAUCGAAUCAUUAGAAAGAAGAAUUAUCAAAGUUAUAGAGCUCUAGUAAACUGAUGAAAAUUAUUAAAGAAAAUCAAAUUUUCGAUUUGAUUUAAACUAUUUAAAUACUCUAAGUUAUUCUUUAAAUCUUACCAAAUUUAAAUUAAAAUAUUACAAACAAAUUGUAUAGAAAAAAUAGGUUUAAGUGUAAUUAAUUUUUUGAUGAUUUUUUAGUUGAAAAAUUAGAUAAAAAUAUUAUGUAAAUUUCAGAGGUCGAUUUUAAUCUAAUUAAAAAUGCUGCAAAAUAAACUUAAUUAACUAAAUAUCAAAUAUAUAAAUUAUUUGUGUCUAAGUAUUAUGAAAUAUAUAUAAACAAAUUAAAAGACUCAGGAUUCAAUAACAUAAAUGAAAGUUUUAAAAAGGAACUAAAUAAAUUAUAAAUGUUUUUAGCUGUAAAAAUGAUUAAACAUGAAUGCUUGUUAUUAGACACUUAAUAAGUCUAGAAUAUAUUUUAAUCUUAUUUAAACUAAAAUAAUUUAGAAGAUACAAAAAAUCUCAUUUUACUAUAUUCAACCUUUAUUACUAAGAUUUAAAAUGGUAGCUUCAUGUUUCAGAAUAAAUCAAUUUAGGAGUAUUUUGUAGGAAAAUAUAUUUUAAAAUUGUUAAAAGAUUUUUCAAGAAAUUUUACAGGAAAAUCAAUUGAGUAAGGUUUAGAACAGAGUUAAUUUAAUUAAAACGAAUUUAAUUUAUCUCUUUAGUAGUUCUCUUAGGUAAUUAAUGAUAUAUAACCUGAAUUAUUAAAUUAUGAAGAUAUCAAAAAAAUCUUGUUAAAAAUAAUAAUCCUAUCAAGAGAAGAAGUAUUUAUUAGAGCAGCUUCUAAUAGUAUAUUAUUAUUAAAAUUCUUGAGAAUAGAACUAAUAGGGGAAGAUUUAAGUAGAAUUAAAUUAAGUAAGACUAAUAUCUCUGGUCUAAAUGUAUAUGGAAGUAAUUUGGAUGAAUCUGAGUUUAAUGAAGUAAAAAUUGAUUAUUGCAAUUUUAAUAAUACCAGUUUAUAAAGAGUAAAAUGGACUUAAACACCUUGGAAUGAAGUUAUAGUUUUCAGAGACUAACAUUAAGAAAAUGUGAGUAGUAUAUUAUUCUCACCAAAUGGUUAAUUCUUACUUUCUUAUAGCUCAUCUUAGGGCUCAUCAUAGGGCUCAUCUUAAGUAAAUAUAUGGGAAUUAAUCACUCAAAAAAUAUUAAAGAAAAUAAAAUAUAAUCAAAAUUUAAAAUAUUGGGAGUUUUCAUCAGAUUCAACUAAAUUUUACCUAUGUCCUGAGACAUUUUUAUAGAUUUACUGUAUUUAUGGGACCGAUAUAACAUUAUUAAUAACUAUUCCAUUAUAAGUAGGUCAACUGUAACCGAGAAAUUAUCCAUUUACUUUUUACAAUAAGGAAGAGAAAUUAGUAUAUCGUAAAAAUUUAAAUUUUUAUAGUUAUAAUCUCAAAUCCAAACAUGAAUGGAAUAAAUCAAAAAUUGCUGAUAAUUCAAUUAAAUUAACUUCUAUAAAGGUAAUAUCCAAUGGUAAAAUACUGAUAGGAACAAAAGACAGAGAAAUAAAGAUUUGGGAUGGGAUCAUCAAAAACAUCCCAAAAACAAUCACAAAAAAGUAUCACUAAAGUGAAAUAGUAUCACUUUCUGAAGAAACUUUUAACGACAAGGGUAGACCAAUUUCAUUACUCAUAUCAGCUAGUGAAGACUAAGUAAUUGUAUGGCUUAAUGAUGAUGGUUAUGGAUACAAAUAAGUCAAAGCAUUACAUUCACAAAAGAUUAAUGACUAAUUACCAAGAUAUUCAAUUUUUAAUAAAAAACAUUUAGUUUAUAUCAUAAAUGAAUAUAUAGUAUUAUAUGAUCUAAAUUAAAUCAAUAAAUUAGAAGACAUAACAUAUUGUGAUUCAAAUUGCAUAGCCUUUAUUAAUUAUGGAUAGUUUAGAUUAUUAUUCAUUGCUAAGGAAGAUUGUAUUGAGGUUUAUGAAUAUCUUAACAUCUUUAUAGGUAAAAUUCCACUAAAUUAAUGUCAACCAUUGUCUAUGGAUAUUAUCAAUCAUGACCUUAUGAUUACUUAUAACAAAGAUAAUACAAUUAGGUUUUGGUCUAUAUUUUCAUAUUAUUAGAAUGAAGUAUAAAAUUUUGUUAGCAAUUUUAUAUAUCCCUUUAGAAAAUAGUAUCCAUUUAGUAGAAGCCGUGUUCUUCAAGGAUCUAUUAAAGGAUUUGUGUAAAAUUUGAAAUAAUCAUAUAAUUAUAAUGAGAAUGAAGGAACAUGCAAAGUUGCUGUUUAGGAUGAGAAUGAGAACUAGAUUAAUAUUUAUAAGGUCUUAAUAUUUGAGAAUCAAAUAGAAUAUCAUCUGAUUAAAGAUUAUAAAUUUUCAGAGGAUCAAAAAAUUGGUUGUUAUGCUUUAUGUAAUUAUGGGAAAAAAAUCUGUUACUGUGUUGAUAAUAUUAUUACAAUUAAAGAUUUAUAAAAUGAUGAUCAAACCUAACUUGAAUAGAUACAAGAAAAAGACAUUUAUUUAAUUAUGUUUAGUGAAACAUAUUAAUAUCUUGCUUCUUGUAGUAAAGAUUAUUCUAUUGUUAUAUAUAGUCUUGAUGAUUAAAAAAAAAAAAAAAAAAAUUAUAUGAUAAACAAUUAAAAAUGUCUUGACUUGUUAUUUGUGAAGGAUGAUGUACUCAUUAUUUAGACUUUAACUUCAAUUAUUUGGUAUAAAAUUAUUUGGAAUAUAGACUCAUAAGAUUUAAUAGUUUAAGUUUUUAAAUAUUAUGAUUUUGAAUAUGGUGUUCAUAAUGGUAUUUUUUAAUAAUAAAUGAUCAUGGUCUAUCCCUUACCUCUAGGAAACUAUAAUUAUAUUAAAUAAUACUUGGCUGUCAAAUAAGGAGAAAAUAUUAUUCUUAAACCUUUUAUUAAUGAUGAUUAAACUAAAGUUGUAAUUUUCAAUGAAAAAUAUAAGAAAAUAGAAUUUGUUAACGAAAAAUAUAUCAUAUUUUCUGAAGAGUCUUCUAAUAUUUUAGAAAUUAAAAAUGUAAGUGAUAUGUAAGUAAUCCGAAAAUUAAAAUAUUGUGCAUUUGCAAUAAGAGAACGAGCAAUAAGAGAACGAGAGUAUUUGUUAAUUGCAGUUGAAACAAAAGAUGAUAUAUAGGUUAUUCAUAUACUACCAGAAUAAAAAUUUACAACUGAAACUAUUAAAAAGUAAAUUUAAGUAAAGUUACAUCAUUUUACUUUAUCAAAUAGUGGUUAUUUCCUAGCAUCAACUUAUAAUUAAGAAAUUACUAUUUAUUAUAUUACUGAAGGAGCAUAAAUAAUAUAAAUAUCAAAAUUAUUUAUUGAAAUCGAAAUCAAAGAUAUUCAAAUUUCAGAUAAUUAAUAAAUUAUUAUUCAAAGUUAAGAUGGCCUUUAUUAAUAUAAAUUGAAUGUAGAAGAAUAAUCAAUAUAUUCUAUUAAUAUCUAUUUUGGAAAUAAUUAAAAAUAUGAAGACACUAGAUUAAAUCACAAUGAUAAAUUGAUAGCAUUAAAAAUUGAUGAUCUAAUCUAUUUUACAUCACUUUAUAGGCCUUAACUUUAACUAAUGCUUAAAGCAAAAUUCUUUUGCACCUCAAUUGAUUCGAAGUAUUUUGCCAUAAUUAAUAAUAAUUAAAUAUAAUAUUACGAUUGGUAAGAUAAUAUCAAAAAUAUAUAUAAUUUUGAUUAUAAAUAAGAUCUAUUUGACCUUAGAUUUUUAUAAAAUCCUAAUUAAAUAUUAGCUAUUUCUUCUAAUGAUAUUCAAAUAAUAUAGUGCUAAGAAAAUUAAAUUAAGAAAAUUAAAGGUAGAUAUAAUGUUAGUACACGAGCAUCAUCAAAUUUAGAUAUAGCUAAAAUUGAAAAAUCAAUUAUUUAAAUUUCUAAACCAGAAAUAAAUAUUGAAUUGUAUAAUCCAGAAGAUUAUGAUUUUAAUGCUUAUAAUCCAUAAUUUACAAGUGAUGGACAAUAUAUAAUAUAUGAAUAAAAUAAAAAGGUAAUAUUUUAGAGUUUAUCCAAUCGUCACUCCAAAUAUAAUCUUGAAAAAUUAGAAGGAUAAUACAAUAUAUCAGUUUUACCAGAAAGCAAUUAUUUAAUAAGUUUUAAUAAAUAAGAAUCUUCUCUUUUAUAAUAUUAAAAUUAUGGAUUAAGAAAACUUGAAUAUUAUCUAAAUUGUUGGGAUGUAUCAGAUUUAAGUGAUGUAAAAAAUCUUUUUAAAAUACCUAUCCUUAAACCUUAAAAAAAAAAAAUGUUGAAUAAACAAUGGUUUAUUUCAGAAAUUUAAAAUAAUAUAUUAUGUUUAUAUGACAUAAAGGAAUUUUAACAGGGUAUCUAUGAUACAACACUUCAUAAUAAUAACCAAAAAAUUCAAUAUUCUGGCAUUUGCCCUAAUGAAACUAAAUAUUAUACUGUAUCAAAAGAGGAUUAUUCGAUUACGAUAUGGAUGAUUAAAAGUAACGAUUACUUAAAAUAGUUUAAAGGUCAUAAAAAGAUUAUCUUUUUUAUAGGUUUUUCUGAAGAUGAAAAAUAUAUGAUAUCUAGAGAUACUGAUCAAAUUAUAGUAUGGAAUUUGGAAAAUGAAGAUAAAUUAAUUAUUAAAGAUCCAAAUAUAAGAAAAUAAAAUUUCUUAUUGUAGUGUUCUUUUUCUUAAACUUUUGGUUGGCACUUAUACAAUAAAUGCGAUUUUGUAAAAUUAAAUAACUCUAUUGGAAUUACAAUUUAGUCUGUAGGUGAAUUUUUUGUUUAUGAUUUGAAAGAUUUCAAAAGUUAUGAGUUAUUUUAUAAAUAAAUUGUAAAUCUUGAAGAAUACAAAAGUGUUAGACAUUAUGUUUAUUCAAAUGGUUCUAAAAUUGCCUUAUUUCAAAAAUAAUAGGAUGGCAAAUUGGAUAAAAUUAAUAUUUUAAAUGUAAAAUCAAAAGAAAUUAUUGAAACUAUUCAUAUAUAGAAAGAUGAAAGGUUUUAUGGAUAUCAUAAUAUUGAUAAAUAUAUUAUCAUAAAAAUUGAUAAAGAAUAUGAUUUUUUUGAAUUAGAUUAAAAAAAUGGCUAUAUUUAUGUAUGCUAUAAAGAUUCGAGUCUUUUAUAAUUAUAUAAAGUCGAAGAUUUUGUAAAUGAACAUAGAUAGCCUAUUAAGGAAGUUUUUAUUCAUCUUAAAGUUGAUUUGAAUGACUAUAAUAGUAGUUUUAUCCAAUUAGGUUAGGUUGGAAUAAAAUAUAUAACCUAUUUUUAUAACUCUUAAUUAAGAGUUAUUGAUUUAGAACGUUAUGAAAAAUAAGUAAAAAUCAUUAAAUUGGAUAAAUCUUAAGAAUUCCUUAACAAUUAUAAAUAAGAUUAUAUUCUUUUAAAAAAUAAUAGGAAAGAAAAAACUUUGAAUAUCUAUAACUUAAGAAAUGGUUAGAAUGAUGAGGUUUUAGAUAGAAAUAUAGAUAGAUUAAUUGUAGCUUUUAAAAAUAAUGGUGAAUAACUUGCUAUAGGUUGGAAUGAUGGUCGCAUAUCUAUUUUUGAGAGACAUACUAAGGCACUAAAUCAUUUUUCUAUUAAAAAUGAACAAGCAAUUAAACAUAUUCUUUACACUAAGGAUGAUAAAAUAAUUAUUUCAUGUUCUUAAGACAAUGUUAUUUCAUUUUGGGAGUAUCAAUAUAAAAAAGAAAAAUUAAUAUAAUCGAUUUAAAUAGAUUACAAUAUUGAAUCAAUAGUUGUCUCUCCUAAUAAUUUAGAUAUAGCAUUAUAAUUAUCAGGAGGUCUCAUAUAAAUCAUAACAAUUGAUAAAUAAAAAUGUUGGAAUUAAAAUUAAAAAGUAUUCGAAUAUUUAUUAUAUUAUAGUAUUUUGGUUGUUAUAAAUCAUAUCCAUAAUUACGAUAAUUAUAGACAUAGAAUUGCUUAGUAAAAAAUUCAAUCAUUCAAGAUUAAAACGGAAAUUCGUUGGUUCAUCAUUUUGGCGAAAAAAUGAAACAAGAAUUUGAAGCUUAAAAAAUACAAGAUGAAUAACAAAAUUGA